AUGCUCGACGCUGGAAGGUGCGAUGAGACAUCACCUUGUGGCACGACGAAUGAAUUAAUACCUUCCAGAGGUCGAGAGAAGCACAACAAAAAAAGCAUUCGUCCACCAGUACUCUUCCACCGCGAAUACGAAGAACCCCAUGGCUAUCUUAGCCAGUGGUAUAUCUCUUCUUUUACAGAUCCUUCGACGGGUCAAACAUACAAUUGCGCGGAGCAAUACAUGAUGCAUCAGAAAGCAGUCUUCCGUCACGACGACUCGACGGCCGCAUCUAUCCUUGCGACUCCAUUCCCCAAGGACCAGAAAGCGCUUGGUCGUUGUGUUGCAAACUGGGAUGAUGAUGCAUGGGACGAGAUCAAAGAAAAGGUUGUCGAAGAAGGAAGCUAUUUGAAGUUUUCACAGAACAAAGAGCUGAGGGAGAGGUUGUUGUUGACUGGUGAGAGGGAGCUCGUAGAGGCGAGUGCAAGUGAUAGAGUCUGGGGUGUUGGAUUUAAUGCUAAGGAAGCACUGUCAAGAAGAGAAGAAUGGGGCACUAAUUUGCUGGGCAAAUGUCUGAUGAAAGCUAGAGAGAGGAUCAAGAAGGGAAUGUCUAGCAACUGA